AUGGGAAAACGAUUUCUACAAGAAGAUUACGGGACCACUCUUGUCACCGCUACUGUUUGCGACAAGAAUUAUAAUCUCCGAGAUGUUGCUGACGUUGCUGACGGAGAAAAAACAGCGAUCGAGGAAACACAUGCUCAAACCGACGAUUACUGCAUGCCUGAUCCGAAUCACUGGGGAAUGGACCCUAACGGUUUUAGUUGCAUUUUCCACCUCGGAGGCAUCGAGGGAGAGCAGAAGAGAUUGGAAUUGAUGAACAACAUACCGUUUGGAUGCUGUUGCAACAAUAAUCCCAAUUUAUCCGAUUUAUCACUUUGCCUCUUCCAUCCGAGUGAUGCUGGUCUAGCAUGA